AUGAGCUUCCAGGUGACGGGCCUGGGCCUGGACAAGAUGAAGCUGGACAGUCCCCAGGCCUUCCUGGACCCUGAGGAGGUGGAAGAGGUGGAGGACGGGCAGCUGCUGGAGCCAGAGGCAUGGAGGACCUACAUGGAGCGCCGCAACGCGCUUCGCGAGUUCCUGACCUCAGACCUGAGCCCACACCUGCUCAAGCGCCACCACGCCCGCAUGGAGCUGCUGCAGAAGUGCUCCUUCUACAUCGAGAUCCUGCCCAAGCACCUGGCGCUUGGCGACCAGAACCCGCUGGUGCUGCCCAACACCAUGUUCCAGCUCAUCGACCCCUGGAAGUUCCGGCGCAUGAAGAAAGUGGGCACAGCGCAGACCAAGAUCCAGCUGCUGCUGCUCGGCGACCUGCUGGAGCAGCUGGACCAUGGCCGCGCCCAGCUGGACGCCCUGCUGGAGUCGCCCGACCCUCGGCCUUUCCUGGCCGGCUGGCGGCGUGUGGAGCGGCGGCUGGCAGACCUGUCGGCCGUCAUGGACAACUUCCUGGCCAUGAUGGUGCCAGGGCGGUUGUACAUCAAGCACCGGCUGGUGUCGGACAUCAGCGCCACCAAGGUCCCGCAUAUCCGGCUCGUGCUGAGCACCAAAGUGCCCGUUAUGUUCGACCGCAAGGAGUCGGUGGCCCACCAGGACCGGGUCAGCCUGCGCUGGUUCGUCACCAUCCAACCGGCUUCCCCUGAGCAGUUCGAGCUGCGCUUCAAGCUGCUGGAGCCACGGACCCAGCAGGAGUGCACGCAGUGCGGCCUCAUCCCGGUGGCUGCCUGCACCUUCGAGGUCCGAAACCUGCUGCCCAACCGUGCUUACAAGUUCACCAUUAAGAGGGCUGAGAGCUACACGCUGGUGUACGAGCCGUGGCGGGACAGCCUCACCUUGCACACCAAGCCGGGGCCCCCCGAAGGAGCCUGCCCCCUGCCGGCGGGGCCCACCCGCCUUGCCCCCAACCACACCUUCUGA